AUGGAGCUGAACGGGACUGACAUUAGCCAGAAUGGCACCGAAACCAAUCGUACGUCGUCACCGGUUUUCAUCAUUAGUACGCAUUACAUGACGCAAUGGAAACGCGAGAGACAACGAGAACGUCUUUGUCGUAUGUACAACCAGGUUUUAACGGAAUGCACCCAGUUUAAUGGAACAUGGCCUGACCCGGAUGAUCCACGCUGGAGCAGCGGAGAAUAUGUGGAACUUCUGUCAGACCUGUUCCCGACAAAUAACACCAACUGUUGCUCGAUAACAGGCACCACAACAGCUUUAUCGACUGAAGAAAUAAAUGUUUCCAUUGAUUUGUAAAAGAAAUAACUCUGGCAAACGAUACUGAUUGCUGUCUGCAUUGCAUUAUGUAUACUGUUAACUGUCGGCGGUAACAUUCUCGUUCUUCUGGCGUUUAUCGUAGAUAGGACUAUCAGACAGCCGAGUAACUACUUCAUCGCAUCAUUAGCAGCCACCGAUAUGCUUAUUGGUACCGUGUCGAUGCCAUUCUACACGGUAUACGUGCUAAUGGGACGCUGGAAUCUCGGAUCUCUGCUCUGCGAUCUAUGGCUAUCCGUAGACUACACCGUGUGUCUGGUGUCUCAAUACACAGUGUUACUGAUCACCAUCGAUCGGUUCUGUUCGGUGAAGAUAGCUGCUCAAUAUCGUAGCUGGCGGACGAAGAACCGUGUGAUCUGGAUGGUCACGAUCACUUGGAUCAUUCCAGCUCUGCUGUUCUUCAUCAGCAUUUUCGGCUGGGAAUACUUCACCGGUCGCAGAGACUCGAUCCCCGGCCAGUGCGUCGUACAAUUUCUAACGGAUCCUGUUUUCAACACUGCUCUAAUAAUAGGAUAUUACUGGACAACGCUUGUUGUUUUAUUCAUUCUGUACGGUUGUAUAUACAAGACGGCGUACGAUAUGCAAAAGAAGAGCGAGGCCAAACAGCGAAAGAUGCAGUCGAUGGUCGCUCUCAGCGCUGGCGCGAUGUCUGGCAUGGCAGCCGGUAUAGGGAUGUCGAAAACCCAGAGUACUCUUUUGAGUCAGGAUAAACAGAAAGUAGGCGCAUCCGCGGAGAAUGCUGGAGAAGCUGACGGAUCAGGACAAAAGACAUCCUCGAAGACAUCGGGAACUGGCGCGACCGAUUCCGGGGGAAAACAAACUGGCGUGAGCACGGCGCCAACAGAAACUGAAAAGUCUGAACGUUCCAGUAGCCCAGCGUUCGAUUCCGACGAGGAAAGCACUUUCUGUCAGGGUCAGCAUCUCAGCAACAUUAAAAAACGAUCCUCUGUCGCGGACCUGGUUGCUCAAUCCGGUGCUCUUCAAGUUUUCGUGACGAACGGUCGCUUGAAUGGGAACGUUCCCGUAAAAGCGGAAUUGAACGUGCCGGUGCCUAGGAAAAUUCUGCCCACCAGUCCAUCCUGCGACACGGUUAAAUCCAGUAGCCAUACCCUAACACCUGAACAGUCGGUCCAGUCGAAUGGGGAUGGCGUCGACAAGCAACAGCCUAUCGAGUCAACAGAUACAUGGACAACUACUCAUGGCCCGGGCACUUUCGAUAUUCUGACUGUUUUGGAUGGGGCUGACUUGCAGUUCAUGGACGAAAGCUCGGUGAUCGUGCCCAGUACCCCUUACGAGAGUCCACCGUCUUCUUUCUCAUGCAGUCUGGCGAAUCCAUUGUCAACGACACCCUCGUCGCCGAUUUUAGAUAACAUUGCUUCCACGCCGAAUACCACUUUGCUGCAAGCUGCCCUAAUCAGAUCCACAGCGCAACAGGCGACUAAUCAACAAUCGGUGGAUACUCAGGGCAAACAGACGCAACCUCUACCGGUGAUGUCGAACGCCUCCAGUCAAACGCAUCCGCCUCGCGUGUUCAUCACGCACAAAACGAACGCAGCGUCUCAGACAUCGCCGACUGUCAGCAAAGUGCAAACGGAGGUCACUGUGAAAGCGCAGGACGCCAAGCAACAACCGAUUACCACGGUUGUCAACGUGCCCGUGGUAGAAGAGUUCAACGUUGCAACAGAUCAAUUUUCAGAUCACAUCGCUAAGGUAGCCAAUCCUCCACAAAACUCAUCCUCUAGCGGUAGUAUGGUGCCCACGUUUUCCGGGACAACGGCGAACGAACAGGACACCAAGAAACAAUCGAAGAAGAAGGAUACACGCGAGAGCAAAGACGGCGGCUCUAGGAAGGACUUCGUGAAGUCAAUUGGUAAACGUUUGAAGAGUAAAACGCAGAGAAGGGAUCAUCUGAUUGGUCGACAGAAAUCACGAACGGAGAACAGAGCAAGAAAAGCGUUCAGAACGAUAUCUUUUAUUCUGGGUGCGUUCGUCGCUUGUUGGACACCCUAUCACAUUCUGGCGCUGGUGGAAGGGUUCUGUUCGAACCCACCGUGCACAAAUGGACACCUGUUCAUGUUCUCGUAUUUUCUCUGCUACGCGAACAGCCCCAUGAACCCGUUCUGCUACGCUCUAGCCAAUCAACAGUUCAAGAAAACUUUCACGAGAAUAUUGAAAGGUGAUUUGCACAUGACGUAA